AUGGCCAACCAACCUCCAAGUCUCCGAAGUGGUAUCAUGUACAGAGUCCACCCUAACCAAGUCCCGACGACGAAUUACGGAAGAGCUGAUUACAGUUCGGAAGACAUCGAACAGUGGGCGGCCGCAUUGCAUUUUCACCACUCCAGUUUUCGACAAGAAGCGAAAAACCUGGCCGUUGAUCUUGUCCAAGCCUGCACCGAUGUUUUGCUGCGCGGCGGGUCCGAGAAUAUGAGCCGAGCUCGCGCCCAAGCAUUGCAAGUCAAAGCGAACGAAUUCUUGCGACGACUAAAUCGCAACGAAGGGUGGAUGGCGCAAGAGAAGCAGCAAGCCAUAAGUCCUGGGGGCGGUCACGAUGAAAACCCUGGAGACGAUGGAGGCAAUGGAGGCAAUGGUGGAGGUGGCGGUCACGAUGAAGGCAACAACAACGCCAACGACGACGUCAAUGACGGGGGCAACGACGAUGGCAACGACGACGAUGGCAACGACGACGAUGGCAACGACGACGAUGGCAACGACGGAGGCAAUGAUGGGGGCAAUGAUGAGGGCUCCGGAGACGAUAGAGACGAUAGAGACGAUGGAGGCAAUGGAGGCAAUGGAGGCAACGGUGUCAGUGGUGGGGGCAACACGACAAGCAAAGCCAACGGCAAGGCCACACCCGAAGCCAAAGGAAGCACCACAGCCACAAGACUCACCAGAAGCGCCACCAGAAACGACAACAGAAACAACCCCCAGGGGCCCAACAAACGGCGGAGGCUUGUUGGACACUUCAGCAGCGAGAGCGACGUCAAUUUUCUUCCUAGACUGUCAACAGGCAACCAAAAACAGUCGUCGUCAAGUGUCUUGAGAGGCGGCUCCGUGCCGGCGAUGGAUACGCAGGAUUUGGACCUGAUGAUUCAGAAUGCGAUGUUGUCUGACCAACCGGAUUUCAACAUGUUCGAUGGCGGUCAAUCCGUACCCACCACCAUGGUGGGAAGACUAUGA